ACACGAGGAGGAAAAAGGGAGGAGUGACAUCACAACUCCCAGCCUCUCUCUCUCUCUCUCUCUCUCUCCGGCACCUUUGCUCCACUUCUCGCCGAGGAGGCGCUCACACACACUCACACACACUCACUCACACACACACACACUCAGUUCCUCGCUGUCCUCCUUCGUCGCUCGUAAAAAAGGGGGCUGGACCACAGGAAAAAAAACGGCGAAAGGGAAGAAAAAGAAAAAGAAGAAGAAGAAGGAAAAAGCCAAAACAAUCUUAAGACAGGAUGAACAACAGUUUCCUAAACAUGGCGUCGAUAGGCGACUUCGACCCGCUCAACGCGUCUAUUCCAGCCACCAAAGUUGAAAUCACAGUGUCCUGCAGAAAUCUGCUGGACAGGGACACCUUCUCCAAAUCAGACCCAAUUUGUGUUCUCUACACACAAGGCAUGGGCAACAAGGAGUGGAGAGAGUUUGGCAGAACGGAGGUGAUCGACAACACGCUAAACCCAGACUUUGUGCGGAAAUUCAUUUUGGACUACUUCUUUGAAGAACGGCAGAACCUGCGGUUUGACUUGUAUGAUGUUGACUCGAAGAGUGCCAACCUGUCAAAACACGAUUUCCUGGGCCAGGCCUACUUUACUCUUGGAGAAGUGGUUGGAUCGUUGGGCAGUCGCUCGGAAAAACCUCUUGGAGGCAUCCAAGGGAAGAAAUGCGGGACCGUUAUUGUGAAAGCAGAGGAGCUCAACAACUGCAGGGAAUCAGUGAUGAUGCAGUUCUGCGGGAACAAGUUGGACAAGAAGGAUUUCUUCGGCAAAUCCGACCCCUUCCUGGUCUUCUACAGGAGCAAUGAGGACGGCACGUUUACCAUCUGCCACAAGACAGAGGUUGUGAAGAAUACUUUGAACCCAGUGUGGCAGGCCUUUAAAAUCCCUGUUCGGGCUCUUUGCAACGGUGAUUAUGACAGAACAAUCAAGGUGGAGGUGUACGACUGGGACAGAGACGGCAGUCACGACUUUAUCGGAGAGUUCAGCACCAGCUACAGAGAGCUGUCCAGAGGGCAAAGCCAAUUCAACGUCUAUGAGGUGGUAAAUCCAAAGAAGAAAGGGAAGAAGAAAAAAUACCUCAACUCUGGAACGGUAACGCUGCUGUCAUUCCUGGUGGACAUUGAAGUCACUUUCCUGGACUACAUCAAAGGAGGGACCCAGAUUAACUUCACCGUGGCCAUUGAUUUCACAGCUUCCAAUGGUAACCCAGCCCAGCCCACCUCACUCCACUACAUGAGUCCCUACCAGCUGAAUGCCUACGCCAUGGCCUUGAAGGCAGUGGGAGAAAUCAUCCAGGACUACGACAGCGAUAAGAUGUUUCCCGCGCUAGGGUUCGGAGCCAAGCUACCGCCUGACGGACGGGUCUCCCACGAGUUUGCACUGAACGGGAACCCUCAGAAUCCGUACUGUGCAGGUAUUGACGGUGUGAUGGAAGCCUACUACCAGAGUCUGAAGUCAGUCCAGCUCUAUGGACCCACCAACUUCUCCCCUGUCAUCAACCAUGUGGCCAGGUAUGCAGCUUCAGUGAAAGACGGCUCUCAGUACUUUGUGCUCCUCAUCAUCACAGAUGGCGUCAUCUCAGAUAUGGCACAGACCAAGGAGUCUAUUGUCAACGCCUCCUGUCUGCCGAUGUCAAUCAUCAUCGUGGGGGUGGGACCCGCAGAAUUUGAUGCCAUGGUCGAGUUGGACGGCGAUGAAGUCAGAAUCUCAUCCAGAGGAAGAUACGCUGAGAGGGAUAUUGUUCAGUUUGUUCCAUUCAGGGACUACAUCGACCGGACGGGAAACCACAUCCUGAGCAUGGCCCGGCUCGCCAAAGACGUCUUGGCCGAGAUCCCCGACCAAUUCCUCUCCUACAUGAGGACCCGCGGGAUCAAGCCGUCGCCGGCGCCACCUCCCUACACACCACCAGGGCAACCCCUCCAAACCCAGAUAUGAGAAGCCAGGAGGAGAAAGGUUUCGGAGUCAGGGGUCAGCUGAACUUUACGCGCAAAAUACUUCCAUUGCCCUAAAGCCGCUCUCCAUGCCUCGUCGCCGUGGAUCACAGUGGUCUUUCUCGUGUUCAGGAAGCUGCAUGUCAGGCCAGGAGAGUGUCGCUUUUGAGGACAGGAAAAGCCAAUGAGAGUCUGUUUACUUCCACUGUCAAGCAUUCCUGUUACUGUCUGGAAAUUUUUUUUGUUUUCACCUGGGAAACCUGGACAAGCUUUGGAGAGAGUUUGAAUUGAAGCUGGGAAGAAAAGAAACACCGAAGAGAGGAAGGAAAGAGGAAAUGAAGGACAACUCUUGGGAAACAUUGUAAAGAGAAUGUCUCCAGACAAAACAAAGGAAUUACUUGAUCUUAAAUGAAACUUUCCUGUAAAUAACUGGACUAAUGUAACUUAUUCUCUCUCUCUCUCUCUCUCUCUCUCUCUCUCUCUCUCUCUCUCUCUCUCUCUCUCUCUCUCUCUCUCUCCAACUCACUCGUUGUUUACAGUAAACACUAACAAGGAUUUUUACUGUUGAUACUUUUAUACACACAUAGUUUCAAUAUGAAGCUUGUAAUACUCUCUCUCUCUCUCUCUCUCUCUCUCUCUCUCUCUCUCUCUCCUGGCAUGUGUGUCAGGUAGCAGCAGUGCAGGUCCUGGUAGCCCUUCUGUACCGUACUGUACCGUGCUGUACCGUACCGUACUGUAUUCUGGUGUUUGUAUUAACCUUUUGCAUGAGUGUAGCCUCAGUCAAGUGCAUGCAUAUAGUGGCCCUGCACUACCUCUUCUACCCAUCUGUCUGUCUGUCUGUCUGUGGGGGGUGAGUGUCUGUCUGCCUAUAUCUCCAUUAGUCCACCAUCUAUCUGUCUGUCCGCCUGUCUGUCUGUCUGCACUGCUCUCAGGCCUGAGGAGUCUUGUCUACCUGUCUCCCUUCUACACCUUUUCUUCCUGUCUAUCUUUCUCUCUCUCUUUCUUCUCUUUCACUAGCUGUGUUUCCAUACAACUUUCUUUUUUUAUUUUUUUUUUGGUUAUCCUCGACAUGCUGCUAUUUUUACGUUAAUCAGAAGAGGGAUGGCUUUCAUGACAGAACACGAUCAAUAGCAAAGGAGUUUCCUUUCUGUUCAGUUGAUAUAAUUGGAUUUAUGACUUCAAAGUUUAUAUUUGAAAUGUAAAUGAUCUGUUCCAUCCUUUCACAUCUAGUUUUAAUCUAGCAUCGUCCGGUGAAUUUGCCCAGUACUUUGAUUUAUAACCCGUGUUUAUCACUAAUUAGCAAAAUGCUAACACACUAAACUCUUGUGUUUUGUCUCAAAGGAACCGUGAAGUAUGGCCAGCGUCAGGAAACAUUUAUGAACAACGUUUAAACUUUCUUCUAAUUCAAACACCGGUUGAUGAAGAUACAAAUUGUGCAGUUUCAUAUUUUUCCGUAGCGUUUGUUUAACUCCUGAAUGGAAGCAUAGCUACUCUGUCUCUCUCUCGUCUCUCAUUCUCCUCCAAACUGCCUUGGCAUUAGGAUGCCCACAUGCCCAGGGGUUUCGUCUCAUUGUGUGUCGUCUAACACCACAUCCCGGCCCCAUGUUUUAAAAACGACAGCAGCUGCUCUCAAACUAAAUACUGUUUGAGCAUAAAGAGCCCAGUGGUCAAAAAUGCAGAGAAAAACACACUUUCCCUAUGUUGGCUUUUUUGUUCCAUUUUAAUUUAAAUUUUUUUGGUGUGUAAAUUUUUUAUUGCACCUUUAGCUUUGAUAUAGCUUUUUAUAUGUUUGUUUUUAUGACGUGUAUUUAUAUGUGCCAAUCGUGGAAAAGGAUGAUUUGUGCGAUUCCCGUCUCAUAUGUUUGUGAGUGACGCCUGAUGAAGAAUGAGAGUCGUGUGGAAGGAUUGAUGAAAGUGUGUCUCACUCAUGAGUGAAAAUGUGAAUGAGAGCUUGUGUGUUGUAUGAAACAACUUUUGUCUUUUAAAACAACAUUAGAUGAAACGUUUAAAAAGUCUUACAAAACAUGGGGAUGUGGGAACAUGAAGAAUUAUUGGAGAGAGUGAAUUUCAUUGCAGCACCAAAAAUGUGAUAUUUAAGCAUUGCUUACAUUGUAUUUGUUGUAUCAACACUCUGAAGUAGUCUUAAAUAAGUCGUGGUAACAUGAAGCAUACCAUCCAUAUUUAUAGUGGACCUGAUGUUUCCAGAUGUUAUCGUCUUUUUUUACACAUCUAACCACCAAGUAAAACCAGACAGUGCAGUUAAUACAAAAAAAAAACUUUCUGGUUAUUCUAAUAAUUUCUCCAAACACAUAUCUUCAGUUUGCAUAUUUAAGCAUAACAAAUACAUUGAAUCUAUUAUUUUCACAGUGCCGAAAUGGUUGGAUUAAUUGCACGAGUGUUUGCUUAGCUGGUGCAGUCACACUCCUGCAGCCACCCACUGUGUUCAAAGCCUAGCUGGACACAUCAUUAGGACUGCAGGUCAACAUAAGGAGCUCAUUACUGCCUCAGCAGAUAUAUACUGUAAAACUCACAUCCUCCAAACUGUUAAAGAUCCAACGCUGCAGGGGUCAGAGCUGGGUUUAUUAUAGCUUUUGUUGAUUAAAAGGCAGAGAGUAGGGAUCUUUCCUGAAUGUGGGGUUACCUGCUUGGUUAACUGAGUGUUUGUUGUUGUGUCUUUAGGGACGAUUUAGCAGGAAACCCUUCAGGUAGAGAUUCAUUUCUAUAUAUAUGAAUAUGAAGAUAAAAGCAAGUUUUGUGCAGCAGCUACUAUGGACAGUGACAAUUAUGAGAUAAUGUUCAAGGAAAACUGAGUUUAUAACAAUUAGUUUUGAUGCUCUGGCUAUCAGUUAUGAUUAUUAUUGCUAAAUUACUGUAAUUAGUGAAGUUGUACACGUCAAGAAGAAUUAAACUGAGAUUCCAAAAAUUAAACUGACGUUACACAGCAAUAUUUAAGUCUAAGGUUUGCUAACUUUAGCCACUAAGUAAAGCUGUAGUGAAAGACCCCUGAGAAUGUUAUGAGAGAAUUUUAUUGUUAAUGAAUUUAGGAAGAAUGUAACAUUUAAAUUUUAAAGAUUAAAUCAAUGUGAUUUAGUAAGUCAGAUGAAGGUAAACGUCCACAUGGCUCCAAACUAUUUCUUUAAGUUUCUUGACAUUUUUUUUUUACUUGAUAAUUGGCUGGUCAGAUUCAAACCCCAGGGUGCUGUUGUUACAUGUAUGCACUAUACAAACAGCAGCCUACAGGACGCCCCUGUCAACUACCUCCUGUUUCAAGUCACGUGUUCUUCAGCAAAUCCUUGCAGGGUAGGAAAAUGCAUCUCUUUACUUCAUUUCAUCAAAUUUAAUGCAAAGGCUUGUCAACUAGGACAGGACGCAGUAUGAAAGCAAAAAAAAGGCCUUAAACAUUAAAAACUUAAUGUUGUUACUGAAAUACCCCUGUACUUAUAGCAUUUAAAUAUUUUAAUAUAGACCUCAUCUUUAUGGAAAGUGUCAUAAGAUAACUUCUGUUAAAAAUCAAACUGAAUUAAGCUUUCUGGGUUCACUUCACUCAACUUCAGAGAGUGUCUAAAUAAUUACACUGAAGUUGCUCAAAACAAAUGUGUCAUUUCAGAUCAAAAAUGAAAUUCAGACAUCAGAAUUAAAGAUGGAUCAGCGAUCAAACCUGAAUGAAAUAUAUCAGACCAACAUCUUAUAGGGGAAAAAAAGUUCAGAUGAGUGACGUGAAACCUGGAAACUUGAAUUUUAUCGGAAUUUGAGGAAAAAAAUAGUUUUUGAAAUUGCCAAAAUUCUUUCUUCUUUCUUUAUAUAUAUAUAUAUAU